ACAACUGCUACUAACUGCCCUGCUGCUGUCAGUGCUGUCCCUGUCGGUGAAUUUCUGUUUGUUCCUGUUCCAUAUCUGCUGUAAUUGCCCAACGUUAAUUAGUUAUAAUAGUAAAUAAUCCUAGCUGGUAAUAAAGUAGUUAGAAGCAAGCUAGUUAGAAGUUAUAUAGAAGGAUUCUUGAGAAUGGUCAUAAAACAUUCGGUGGAAGGUUACGAUGAGUAUUUGAGAAUAACUAAAGAGUUAGACGACAAGAAAGUUGUAUUUUACGUAUUAUUUACAGGUUCUCUUGACGCUUCUGGCAAAAGCUGGUGUAAAGACUGUGUUGCAGCUGAACCUUUGAUUGAUGAAGUUAUCAACAAGUUACCAGAUUCCAUCCAUUUUGUGGUGGUUCAUGUGGGUCAGCCAGAAUACUGGAAGGACCAAAACUGCCCCUUUCGUAAGGACAAGAAGGCCCAUGUGAGCUCAAUACCAACUGUCAUCAGAUGGGGAGGGCCGCAACGUCUGGAAGGGGCAGAUUUAGAAAACCCCGAUGUUAUCAGUAUGGCGUUUGAAGACGACUAACGACAAGACUUUUGCCAUGUGAUCAUUCCAAAUAAAUAUAUAUUUUUAGCUGUUAAAA